AUGACCUUACUUUACUUUCUACUCCUCUUUCCUCUCCUUCUGAAUGCACUCUUUCUCAACUCGCCGCCCGAAUAUCAGCCCGGAUAUGGAUAUAUCGGACCCGCCUGUGCUGUCUUUGUAAGAUCUCCCCUUGGGAUUACUGUAGAUGAUUCUCUUGUUCAGGACGGCACUCUUUUCCUUCACGGCGUUUCGAAAAGAAAACUGAACGACCACGAACUGCACAUCUUCAGUGCCUACCAGGAUGAUUUGAGUACCUUCAAAGAGUCAGUCAGCCCUCUGUUCUCUUCUCGAACUUGUCUCUUUUCAGUUCUUCCUCUUCUUUCGACUCCUUCGAAGCCUCUUUCCCUUCGGUUCCCAAGUUCUGUGGCGGAUACGAUGAUUCGAUCGAAGUGGUUCUGGACUCUUGUAUCGUUCGGGUCAGUCGUCAGUCCCCCUCUUCCCUUUGAGUUUAUCCUUGUGCUUUAGAACAAUCACGUUUACGUGGGAGACCACCUCAUUCGUGCGCUGACAAACUUUGAAAAGCAGAAGGUUCAGCUGGUGAAAAUGAGAAGAAUGUACGGGGAAUCAAGGAAGAAGAGAGUGAGAAGAAGUUCCAAAACCCCUCUGUGAGUCGAUUUUCCUCUUCUUCUCUCAUGGUCUCUUCUAGUUUCAGACCAGGAACCCGUCCCCAGAGAGAUUUCAGUGAAAUGCUCCACAAAUUGCUCAACAUCAAUUCGACGGUCACUUCCCGCUUCCUUCCCGUCGUCAGUCAAAGCCCUCUGUUUGCAAUGGAAGGUCCGUGGCAGCAUUUGAUUGAGCUCGGGAAAGGUGAUUUCCUUUCUUCGGCUCUCCGCUCUCUCACUCGACACAUCAAAGUUUCAGACAAAGAUAUGAUGGACCUGCUGGCUGCCACACAGUUCAAACCUCCUCCGGCACCCCAGCAGCCGUCCGCUCCGCUCGUUGACAUCACAAAGAUCGACUCUCCCUACCGGGCGACGUUCACAACGAUGAAACCGAGAAAAUCACAGAAGCCGGAGAAGAAGAAGGAGAUUUUCAAUGUUUUCACAACGAAGAUUGUUCCCCCGAUCACGACGACAAGUACCACGACAACGAGCACAAGUACCACCACCACAGGUUAGGAGGAUAUACGUCCACUUCUCUCAUAAUUUACUCUUCCAGCUGCUCCCACGACAACCACUACUCCCCGUCAGAUCUCAUUGCAAACCCUUCCUCCUGCAACCACAUCUCGUCCAGUAAUCGAACGGACUCGUCCUUUUCCUUCUCCUUCUUCAUCUUCUGCAAGCAUUCAAACUGUCGUCGAUCCGAUUAUUCUGCAGUUGAUUUCAAAGGCUCUCGAGAAGAACGAACUCAUUGACGAGCAGGCUCUGAAGCAGGCGCUCUCCAUGAGAUCCUUCGGAACCACUUCAGUAACCCCCACCUUCCCUUCCCUCUUAAAUGCUCUUCUUUUCAGACGGCCCUUCCACUCCGCUUCAUCGUGCCGACUUCCGCUCCGUCCAGUCCGUUCCAGCCGUCCUCCCGGGUCGCCGGACUCUCCCACAAUCACCUUUUCAUUCCCCACCAACCGUUCACUUCACUCGCUUCCUCGGACUCGCGUUACUCGGCGCCGAAUCCGCUCUCCCAUCGACUUCCCAAUGAAAUCUGCCGAGUUCACGCCAACUCGAAUCCGUUCAAUUUCAACUUUUAA